UUUGAUGCCAAUCGUUCGGUGGCGAAGCUCUCGCCUCAGGCCGCCAGCCGGGUGAAAUCACUGGGGCAGCCUGGCUUCAGCAAGACGGUUCUGGCCGAGCACGAGAGGUCCCUUGCCUCCGCUGAGCAGGCUGUGCAAAAGGCUUUGAGCCUUCUCAUCAAGACGGUCUCAGACUUGGAGGCUCAGCGAGAGCUUGACAGCGCCAAGGAUGAGCGGGAGGCCAAAAUUCGAAAGCGGCGUGCGCAGGAGAUGGACAAGGUCAGAACAGAUGCAAGGCGCAAAGGCAGAGAAUUGGCCGACGAGGAGCAUGGCGGCAAGGACCUGUCCGAGUCGGACGGUGACGGUGAUGGCGGUGAUGCUGAGGAGAAGAGCGACGCCGAUGACGGCAGCGAGCACGAGCAUGAGGGCGGGGACGGCGGGGACGCUAGCCACGAGCCCAAAGCACCCAAAGCUCCCAAAGCCAGAGCCAAAAAGGUUCCGCGAAAAGGUGCCGUGUCAGAAGAUGAUAGUUGGAUGCUCGGGCGCUUCUGGCUGAUUGUCUACAACGAGCCGGCCGGGAAUUGCCCUCUUGUGGACGCUGCAGAGACUCAUUGGGAUUUGCGCAAGCCGCUGUGGUUCAGGCACAAGCAGGAGGACCUGGGACCUGCACUCCUGAAGCUUGUCAUGGACAAGCCUCAGAAAGCGCCCACGCGUGCAGGUGCUCUCCUGAGAAAGACGUGCUUGUCGCCGGAGGUUCUCCAGCAGCCCAUGGAGGACAUGUUUCCGGGUUUCCGCGCCCUGGCGGAAGACAUGUUCGCUGGUGAGGAGCGGCUGGCUUUGGC